AACCUGAGAACAGGAUGUAGCGGAAGUGAUUAUUGAUGAACGGUGGUCAUGUUAAUUCGUUACUGAUAAAAUUAUAAACACAAAUUGUAGAAGUGAAAAAUCAACAUGGAAACUUAUGUUAAAACCCUUCAUCAACAUGAUGAAUUAGAACAACACAAUAUAAUACAUGUUAAAGAAGAGAAAAUUGUUGAUGUAGAUGAAUAUUGUCAUGUUAAAGAUGAGAAAACUGAUGAUAUAGUUGGGUAUUGGCAUGUUAAAGAAGAGAAAACUGAUGAUGUAGAUGGAUAUUGUCAUGUUAAAGAAGAGAAAACUAAACAUAUUGAAUCAGUUCAUCAGUGUAAUUUAUGUGAUGAGAAAUUUAAAUCUGACAUUGAUUUAGAAAAACAUUGUAAAGUACAUCAUAAAUUAGAGUUUGAAUCUUGUAAUGGUAGUGAGUUGAAAACAUGUAGUGAUGUAGGCCUACAGUUAACGGACUGUCACUGUGAUGUAGGCCCACAAUCUGAUGUUUGUAGUAAUACAUUUAUUCGAAACGCUAAUGGACACAUGCCAAAUGAUACUGUAGAAAGACCUUAUAAAUGUGAUGUUUGUAGUAAAUCAUUUACCAAUAGUAGUCAUCUACAGAGACACAUGAGAAUUCAUAAUGGAAUAAAUCCUUAUAAAUGUGAUGUUUGUAGCAAAUCAUUCACACAUCUUGGAAAUUUAAAGGCACAUGUGAGAAUUCAUACUGGUGAAAAACCAUAUGAAUGUGAUGUUUGUAAUAAAUCAUUUGCUCGGAGUAGUCAUCUACAGAAACACAUGAGAAUUCAUACAGGUGCAAAACCUUAUAAAUGUGAUGUUUGUAGUCAAUCAUUUAGUCAGAGUAGUAAUCUACUAAAACACAGGAGAAUUCAUACUGGCGAAAAACCUUAUAGAUGUGAUAUUUGUAAUAAAUCAUUCGUACAGGGUGGAGACCUACAUAGGCACAUGAGAAUUCAUACAAGUGAGAAACCUUAUAAAUGUGAUGUUUGUAGUAAAUCAUUUACAGAAGGCGGAAACCUACAGAAACACAUGAGAAUUCAUACUGGGGCAAAACCUUAUAAAUGUGAUGUUUGUAGUAAAUCAUUUAAUCAGAAAAGUAGUCUACAGACACAUAUCAGAACUCAUUCUGGAGGAAAAAUUAUAUAAAUGAGAUGUUUGUAGUAAAUCAUUCUCACAGGGUGGAGGCCUACAGAAACACAUGAAAACUCAUACCUGAAAGAAAGUUUAUUAAUAAAGUCUUAUUCAUGUAAUUAAUAUUCAGUUUAAUAUGUAAUUUAAGAUUAAAGAUGGGUU